UGUUCUGAAGUUUCUUACUUAAAAGAGGAAGUACUAUAGCACCAUAUAAUAUUACUGUACAUGUAUUUUUAAUAAACCUCUGCAUAAUCCGUGGUGUUGGUUCAGUCAAGAGGAUUCAUGCCAGUGCAACCUGUCCCUACAGACGGAGAAGAGAUGGAGGCAGAAGGUGAUUCAGCCAUUGAUGCAAAUGAAGAGGAAGAGGAUGAAACUGGGGAAGACCCAAGCGACAGUGGAUCUGAAACAGAACCUGGUGAAGAGAGUUCAGAAAUGGAUGAUGAAGACUGUGAAAGACGAAGGUUGGAGUGCCUUGAUGAGAUGUCUGACUUGGAAAAGCAUUUCUUGGAUUUAAAAGACAAACUGUUCAAGGAAAAACUAAACCAAGUCAGAACCAAGCUGGAAGAGGUGAUUGCAGAAAAAGCAAUUGAAUACAUUGAACCCUUGGCUGCACUGCAGAAAAACAUGAAGAUUCGGACAGAGGUUGCUGGAGUCUACAGGAAGCUGUGUUUAGAAGUGAUUAAAAAUAAAUAUGAGUGUGAAAUGCAAGGUGCAAUGCAGCACUUGAAGAGUGAGAAGAUACUGUUAUAUGACAACAUGCAUAAUGAACUUUUGGAAAAGAUCCAGAGACUGGAGGAAGCUCGACAAAGUAUUGACCUCACUUCAGAAUGGUGGAUUGAUGAGUUUCAAUCAAAGAGGAAUAAAAGGAAGUGGGACCCCACAAAGCCAGAGAAGAAGAAGAAACCAACUCUAGUGACUGGACCAUAUAUUGUCUACAUGCUGAGAGAUAUUGAUAUAUUGGAAGACUGGACUGCAAUAAAGAAAGCCAAAGCAGCUGUACCUCCUGUCAAAAAAAAAAUGGAAGCUAUAGUGAAGCAAGAAAGAAUACAGUACUCUGCAAAAUGUGAAGAUGGAAAACUUUACUAUGAAGGGGAGUGCUACAGCAAAGGGCAGUCAAUUCUUCUGGAAGUCAAAGAUACAGCACCAUUUGAAGCUGUGAUAACUGCGGUGAGCACAGGAGAGGUGUGGCUGCGUAGGACAGAUGGCAGUAAAACCAAAAUUUACGUGUCUCAACUGCAAAAAGGGAAGUAUGCCAUCGGAAAGGCUUGAACCACCUGACUGAUAAAGAUGUUGCUGUUGAGAUGCAGUAAAAGCAGUGAAUUGCAAUAAUGUUUGCAGGAGGAUUCAUAAAGAAACCACAAUGCAGACGUUGCCGGAAUUAUAAUAAAGCUCCAAAGGCACUUGCACAAUAAGCAUACUGAAAUAUUGGGUUAUGUUUGGAAAAUGAAGACUUGGCUUUACUAAUAUAAGCUUGAAUGCUGAAUUCUAGAUUAAAAGAAAGUGAGAGGUAAAAUGUUAGCUUCACUGCCUGAGACUUAUCUGUUUUAGGCUAUUUAUUUUCACCCAGUUCUUAUUUCCAAAUGUAACUGCAUUUUGUUUUUAAAAUCAUCACUGUUAACAUUUCUUUUAUCCACUGUUCACCUCCUCUAAGAGGAGUGAGUGUAUGCAAUCCAAAUUUUCUUUUGCUUAAUUUUGGUGUUCUCUGCCUGUGCCAUCAAGCUGUGCAACAUAAGGUAUGCAAAUGACCAGAACUGCACAAGAAACAGUUUGAUUUGAUUUCCAAAUAUAGAUUAAUGAUUGAGUUAGCAGAAAAGUAAAUAACCCAAAUAAUGCUUUAGAUAUUUAAUUAGAAACAUGUGUCUCAAGGACAGGAACAGACACUGCAGAAUAUUAAAAAAGACAUUUGCGUUUUCAUUACAUCUUAUGCAAUGUAAAGUGGCAGAGUUGGAGGGGGUAUGGGGAUUCUUGGCUUUGUUUUCCCUGAUGAAGAUCUUAACAAAGUGGAACAUACUGUUUUUAUUGAAGCAUUCAAUGAAUGCUCUUUUUUCCUGAAUUAACUUUUGUUCAUAUGAUGGCCUAAAAUAUUGAGUGUAAUGUUUGCUGUAGUCUUUACAAUGUCAACAUAAUUGACAUGCCAAACCAAAUGUUGCAAAUAUUAUUUGGUGUAAGGGCAUGUCCGGGAUAGGAGGAGUUGAAAAUAUCUGCACUGUGUUUAUAUGUAUGCGAAAUGGCAUCACCAUUGAUUCAGAGAUAGUUUUUACAGUUUAAUAUAGUGAACUCACCAUUAACAUUUGGUUGUUCUCUACUUGUUAAGUCAUUGCGUCAAGAGACAAACUGAUUCCCUUAGCCCUGACCAUGACUGGUUCUCAGUUCAGUCAAGGGUUCUGUUAAUGGUCUCACAUAAUCGAAGGACACAAGAAAAAUAAAAGGCAAGACUACUAGAAAAAAA